AUGCCAGCAGAGGUGCUGGACGAGGCGCUGGUGACUAGCGCGCUCGACGAUGAGGAAGAUCGCAUGGACGGUAUGCAGCCAUCUGACACUCUUCGCAGUCUCAAUGAUGGCCAGCGAAUCGAAGGCAUGGACGAGUCAGGACAGGAAGACGAUGCGGGAGACUUUGACGACGAAGUCGAAAGGGAAGAGGACCUCGAGGAUGAAGCCUUCGAGGAGCUAGAUGACGGGAUCGACAGCCACGGCGUCAACAGCGAAGCGAGUGAAGCUGGACAUCAUCGACUUCGGGCACUCAGGCAGCUCAGUGGGAGCGAAGGUAGUGAGGUGGAACUGGUCGAGGGUGAGAUUGGUCGGGCCUUCUGA